AGUGUGUAGGAAUUAGGAUUUUUUUUGAUAAACUAGGAAUUAGGAAUUUGAUUAAUUAGUUGGCCACUUUGGUUGGGAUCUCCAUGUAACAAAAAAACCCGAAUAGAAUACUGAGUACCGAUCCUUCCAUAACCAAACCAUUCCAUUCCAGUAGGUCUUUCUGAUUGGGUACUGUUUCUUCACUUGUUUCUAAUUGAAUUCCAAAUCCCAAAAAAUCAAUUUCCCGAUUGGAUUUGGAUUCCACUUUCAUCUUCUCUCUCGUCCUUCUCUCUUCACACGCACACAAUCAGUCACAGAUCGUAUCUCUAUCUCUCUCUUUAGAAGAAGAAGAAGAUGUUCAAGUUCCUGAAGGGGGUAGUGGGUGGAUCUGGCACGGGAAUCAAAGAUCUACCUUACAACAUUGGCGAACCUUAUUCCUCUGCUUGGGGCUCCUGGACUCACUUUCGUGGCACUUCCAAGGAUGAUGGGUCUCUAGUGUCAAUAUUUUCUCUUUCCGGGAGUAAUGCCCAGGAUGGACAUUUAGCUGCAGGUCGAAAUGGUGUCAAGCGUCUUCGCACUGUCAGACAUCCCAAUAUCUUAUCCUUUCUUCACAGUACUGAGGCUGAAACAUUUGACGGUUCUACUGCAAAGGUUACUAUCUACAUUGUCACGGAGCCUGUUAUACCACUGUCGGAAAAGAUCAAGGAACUUGGCUUAGAAGGUACACAAAGGGAUGAGUAUUACGCGUGGGGACUGAACCAGAUAGCCAAAGCUGUGAGCUUCUUAAAUAAUGAUUGUAAACUUGUCCAUGGAAAUGUUUCUUUGGCAAGUGUGGUUGUCACACAAACUUUGGACUGGAAGUUGCAUGCAUUUGAUGUUCUAUCUGAGUUUGAUUCUAAUAAUGAAGCUUCCACUGUACCAGUGCUGCCAUAUGCAUGGCUUGUUGGAGCACAAUAUAAACCAACAGAGUUGGUGAAUUCAGACUGGGCUGCAAUCCGAAAAUCACCACCAUGGGCUAUUGAUUCUUGGGGCUUGGGCUGUCUUAUAUAUGAACUCUUCUCCGGCAUGAAGUUGGGCAGAACAGAGGAGCUGAAAAACACUGCUUCCAUUCCAAAGUCUUUGCUUCCAGAUUAUCAGCGGCUUUUAAGUGCCGUGCCUUCUCGUAGGUUGAAUACAUCAAAGCUUAUUGAAAAUAGUGAAUAUUUCCAAAAUAAACUGGUGGACACAAUACAUUUUAUGGAGAUUCUAAAUUUAAAAGACAGUGUUGAAAAGGAUACCUUCUUCCGCAAGCUUCCAAAUUUAGCAGAGCAGCUUCCUCGUCCAAUUGUCCUGAAAAAGUUAGUUCCAUUAUUAGCUUCUGCACUUGAAUUUGGUUCAGCUGCUGCCCCUGCUUUGGCUGCCUUGUUGAAAAUGGGUUCCUGGCUUUCGACAGAAGAAUUCAGUGCCAAGGUGCUGCCAACAAUUGUGAAACUAUUUGCCUCCAAUGACCGAGCUAUUCGUGUUGGUCUCUUGCAACAUAUUGAUCAAUAUGGAGAGUCGUUAUCAGCACAAAUUGUUGAUGAACAAGUUUACCCUCAUGUUGCUACCGGGUUCUCUGACACAUCUGCUUUCCUUCGUGAACUGACUCUUAAAUCCAUGCUUACUCUGGCUCCUAAGCUUUCUCAACGUACUAUUUCAGGGUCAUUAUUGAAGUAUCUCUCAAAGUUGCAGGUUGAUGAAGAGCCAGCAAUCAGAACAAAUACUACCAUUUUACUUGGAAAUAUUGCAAGUCACCUAAAUGAAGGGACAAGGAAGAGAGUUUUGAUUAAUGCAUUUACUGUUCGUGCAUUGCGUGAUACUUUCUCGCCUGCCCGAGGAGCAGGGAUCAUGGCUCUAUGUGCCACCAGUGCUUAUUAUGACGUCACUGAGAUUGCAACUCGGAUUCUACCGAACAUCGUUGUACUUACCAUUGAUCCUGACAGCGAUGUUCGCUCGAAAGCAUUCCAAGCUGUUGAUCAAUUUUUGCAGAUGCUGAAGCAAUUCCAAGAGAAGGCAAAUUCAGGAGAUACUGGAGGUGCAGGCCUUGGGUUGUCAUCAAUACCUGGAAAUGCUAGUUUACUUGGAUGGGCCAUGAGCUCCUUGACUCUCAAGGGCAAACCUUCUGAACAAGCUCCACUUGCUUCUGUGACUUCCAGUGCUCCCCUAACUUCUACUUCUUCCAAUGCCAGUUCAGUGAUGGAUACUCCAAGUACAGCACCUAUCCGUGUCAAUUCCACCCCAGAUUUUGCUGAUCAACCUCUACCUCCAUCUCCUACCUCAACGGAUGGAUGGGGAGAGCUUGAAAAUGGAAUCCAUGAAGAGCAUGAAAAUGACAAGGAUGGUUGGGAUGAUAUUGAACCACUUGAAGAGCCAAAGCCAUCUCCCUCUCUUGCAAACAUUCAAGCAGCUCAAAAGCGGCCAGUCUCACAAUCUGCUUCCCAGCCAAAACAAGCUACAAGUUUACGACCGAAAAAUGCAGCAAAGGUGACCAAACAUGAGGAAGAUGAUGAUUUGUGGGAUUCCAUAGCCGCGCCAGCUCCAAAAACAUCAAAGCCUUUGAAUGUUAGAAGAGCUGCAUCAGCAGAUGAUGACCUUUGGAAUGCCAUUGCUGCUCCUGCACCAGCUACAAGGGCUCAGCCUUUAUCGUCUGGCCGUGGUCGAGGAGCCAAGCCUGCUGCUCCACGUUUAGGUGCACAGAGAAAAAAUCAGCCAUCCUGAUCUGGGAUGUGAAGAAUUGCAUAGAACAGAACAGAAGAAAGGACUACAAGAAUUAUAUCUGUACAUUUGAGUGAUUGACCUUAUUGAUAUAAAACGAAUCCAUGUCACAGUGAGUUGUAUUUGCAGUCUGUGACCAUAUUAUUUGACUUGUAAUAUUAUUCUUUUGAUUAAUUUUGUUUUGGUCCAAUAGUGGCUUACUAAGCUGAGAGAUACGCAGUUAGUAGUUCAUAGUUCAGUCCAUUUUUCAUUUGAAGAAGAAAACUUUUAUUUUUCGUGUGACAUAUGUUGCAAAUGGUGUAAUGUUAAAAUUUGCAUCAUCAUUAUAUUUGUGCCUAACAUAUCUUCUGGGAUAUUA